AUGGUGCCACUACCUCUGUUCAAGCUCGCUGCCCUUUUUGUGAGGCACGUAUCCAAAUAUGGUGCCAAUCAAAUCAAAGCGCAAGCCCAUGAGCACCCCAAAUUUCGCGCCUUUGCCGCCCGAUAUGGUCAACAUAUACAUCAGCUCAAUAUGCGCCUCUCUGUCGCGCUCCUCCGUAAUGUCGAGGCCGAGAUGAGAGCAAAAGAAAAAGCUGAGGCGCCGACGGUGAAGACAAAGGAGCAGGUAGAUAAGGAAGAGGAAGCGAAAGCGAGGCAAGCCAAGCUCGAAGCCGAACAUCCCGAGCUCGCGAAUCGCAAAUCUUCAUCCUCCUCUGGCGGAACGACGAAAGAGAAACCUAGCGUUUGGCGGCGCAAGUUCAGACCGCUGCCUGAGGGAAAGGCUGUAGACCUAUUUGCGGAUGUCAUUGGUGACGCCUUUAUCCUAGGCGUAGCGAGUGCUAUCAUUGUCUACGAGUACUGGAAGGCGUCGCAAAAGCCAGAUCAGAACGCGGAGCGUAUCAAGAUGCUUGACGCCAAGCUCGAGGAGCUCACUCGUCGUGAGGAGGAGCUUGCCCGCGAGGAGGAGAAUCGGAAACAAAGAUACGAGGCAUUAGAGAAUGCGUUGCGAGAGCUGAGAGACCCUAAGACGAAGAAGCCUCUGUUGCCCAGUCUGCAAGCAUCGCCGACGGCAUGA